AUGGCAGAGAGAGGUAAGGAGGCAGAAGCAGAAGAGUAUUUCUUGGAUGAAGAAGAGGGUGACGAGGACGUAGAAGGUUCGAACGGGGUUGAAAGUAACGGUAGUAUUAGUGAUGGUGAUGGUGAUAAUGAUGGUGAUCGUGGUGAAGACGGUGGUGAGGAAUAUGGGACUUUCUCUUCUCACCAAUGGCCUCAAAGUUUCAGAGAAACAGUCGAUCCUUACACAAUCUCAGUGUCACCAAAUUUUGGAUUUCUUCGACGUGGAUCGAUUAACCGGAGUUCCAGUCUUGAACAUUGUACUGAAAGUAAUUUAGAAGCGGAUGUGAAGACUCCCUUUCUGUCCGAUGUUGAAAAGAAUUAUCAGAAGGGAGAGUUGGAUAGGAUCUCAAUAGCUCGGUCAUCAUUUUCAAAAGCUUCAUUUCAUACUGGAGAAUUGCCUCUUCCUCAUGGAUGUAGCUUCACUCAAACUGUCUUCAAUUCUUUUAAUGUAAUGGUUGGAGUUGGGGUUCUCUCUAUGCCUUAUACUGUGAAACAAGGGGGCUGGGUUAGUUUGCUAUUACUUGCUGUUUUUGCGCUUGUGUGUUGUUACACAGCCGUUCUUAUGAGACAUUGUUUUGAGAGCAAGGAAGGCAUCAUAAGCUACCCUGAUAUAGGAGAAGCUGCCUUCGGGAAAUACGGACGGCUAGUAAUAUCAAUCAUUUUGUACGUAGAAUUAUAUUCAUAUUGUGUAGAGUUUAUUAUUUUGGAAGGCGAUAAUCUUUCCAGCCUCUUCCCUGGAACAUCUUUGGAUUCCGUUGGCAUUCAUCUUGACUCUACGCACUUGUUUGGAAUUAUAGUUGCUCUUAUUGUCCUACCAACUGUUUGGCUAAAGGAUCUUCGUCUGAUCUCAUACCUUUCAGCUUGUGGGGUUUUAGCUACGAUGAUGAUUGUUCUUUGUCUAAUUUUGGUUGGUACGGUCGAUGGAGUUGGAUUCCAUGAAAAUGGUCCACUGGUGAAGUGGAGUGGUAUUCCAUUUAUUGUUGGUGUUCAUGGGUUCUGUUAUUCAGCUCACUCCGUGCUUCCAAAUAUCUAUCAAUCAAUGGCUGAUAAAAGACAGUUUACCAAAGCGGUCAUAGCUUGCUUUUUAUUGAGCUUUGUGGUUUAUGGGGGUGUUGCAACCCUGGGAUUUCUCAUGUUUGGUGAGCGUACAUUGUCUCAAAUAACCUUGAAUAUGCCAGCACACACCCUUACAUCAAAAAUUGCUUUGUGGACUACAGUAAGUAUAAGAUUCAGAUUCUUCCUGGGCUUACUGAGUAUAGAGGAGCUACUGCCUGAUAGAGUUUCAAAUAGUUUGUGGUGCUACUUUCUUCUACGAACAGUGCUUGUUGCAUCUUCUGUAUGCGUUGCUUUCGCUAUUCCUUUCUUUGGUCUUGCAAUGGCUUUGGUGGGUUCUGUCCUCAGUUUAUCUGUGGACGAUAAUCAUCAUUCUCACUUGUAUUGUGAUUGUCAUAUGGGCAGUAAUAUUACCAGCUUUAUGCUUCCUAAAGAUUAUGGGGAAGAAAGCUACAACAAGAAAUGUUGUUUUGAGCUCCAUGACUGCUGCACUGGGCAUCAUUUGUGCUAUCGUUGGAACGUCCUCUUCAUUAUUAGACAUUGUGAAGCAGUACUGAUGAGAUUAGCAGCAGUCAAACGUUUGAUCAAGGAACCUGCGUCACAAUUGGACUUUGGAAGGAUUAUGGGCCAUGAUGCGGUUAGCAAAGCAAGAAACAAUUUGGGCCUAGAAGUUGAUGCUGCCCUAAACAAUAUUAGGAAACUAAAAACCUCGUUUGGAUAUGAUCAGCCUGCAAGAAAAAUCCACAAUUUUGGUAGGUUCUUAGAAUACGCUAUGUCUCUAGGAGCUGCACAUGAUGGUACAAUAGGGAGGCUAUCAGUCGUGCCUACAUACCUCGAUGAUGAGGAGAGUAAUGAAACUAAGGCAGCCAUGGAGAAUCAAAUCAGUCUUGAUGAUGGGGAGGAGAAGGAAACUAUAACAUCCAUAAAGAGUCAAAUCAAUCUUAACGAUAAGAAGGAGAAGGAGACUAUGAUAGGCAUGGAAAGUAAGGCAAUCAGAGAUUGA